AUGGCCGCAGUGGGGACGCUGGACGGAAGCGACGACGUGGAGGACGAGGAGGAGAUCACCGCCGCCACGCUGCGCGCUAAGCCGCGGCCGCUGCCCAUCUCGGCGCUGUCGGCCUUCAGCCACAUCCCGCCGCGGCGCCUGGACCCCAAGGAGCUCAGCUACUACUCCCGCCAGAGCAAGCCAGGAAUUAUUUCCCUCUAUGACUGUGUUUUUAAGAAGAACCUAGACUACAAUCAAAAAUUGCACCGAGAUGACAGAGAACACGCAAAAAGCUUGGGGCUUCGUAUUAAUGAGGAGGAACAGGAAAGGCCCGUCGGAGUGCUGACGUCCUCUGUCUAUGGGAAGCGCGUCAACCAGCCGCUUGAGCCCCUGAACCGGGACUACCGCCGUGCCAACCACGUGAAGGCUGAUUUCUACAGGAAGAACGACAUCCCCAGCAUCAAGGAGCCUGGCUUUGGGCACAUUGCUCCAGCCUGAAGCCACCCCUGGGGCCCAUAGAGCAUGUUGGGGGACUGUGCCCACAAGUGAGGGUGCCCAGAGAAGGGAUGACACCCAGAGCCUGU